AUGUAACGGGUUUUGUGUAGAUACAUUCUAGAAAUCAGUGAUUAAUUGUAUCAAUGGCAGAGGAGGAAGAUUACUUGCAUGUGGUAAAAAAAUAACAACAUUAUAAAGCACAUUAAAAAGUAUAUAUUUCUAAUCUGGAAAAAGUUUCCAAUCAUGUCCUCCAAUGGAACAUGAUAGGAUGGACAGUCAUAAUUAUGGCCCUAUAUGUGAAGCAAGCUUGCAUGCGGUGGAAUUAUAUUGCAAAACAAUAAAGAACGAUAGCUGUCGGAGGAGGCUUCUCGUCCUCUGCCAUUGAUGAAUUCGCCUGAAUACCAAAGAGGCGUGCCCGCUUGUGUGUUAUUCUACGUGGGUGCGUGCGCGCACCCUACUGUGUUUUCGGGACAAGCUUGAAACGGUCAAGUCGCAAAUUGGAUUUUACAAUGUAAAUAGAAAGCAGGAGAAUCAUUCGCGAAGUCGUAAAUAUCUAUUUAAAAUUACCGUAGACUGGGUACAUCAGUUAUUUACUGAACCAGCUAAUUGUGCAUUUGCUGAAACAGUCAUAUCGGUGUUUUUUUGGAAUUACACGGGAUUUAAAACAGAAUAACUAUGUAUCGGUCUCUGUAUGCUUUCCGAUCCGCGGAGCCCAACUCGCUCCACUUCGGGGCCGGGGAGGGCUUUCUGAUCCUGGAACGCAGCAACAAACACUGGUGGCUCGGAUCGCGCUGCAGUUCGGGCGAAACCGGCUACGUUCCCGCUUCUUACAUCGAAAGGAUUCAGGCUCCGGAGCAGGAUGAAGUGUUACAGUCUAUCGACAGGGCCAUCGAAGGGAUCCAUAACGUGGCCAUGAAGAACGGGGGCAAAUACAACCUGGAGCAGCGAGACGUGCUACAGAAGUUGAUCCAUCACAGGAAGGAGACCCUGUCAAGGCGAAGUCCAACUCCAUCAAGUCACAAGCAGGGCCUGCCCUCAUCUACCAGCGAACUGUCCCUCAGCCACACCCCUCAACCACCCAAUGGUGUCAGCCGCACCCUGUCAGAGAGUACCGACAAUGUUCAAGGGCUUUACCAGGUGCCUCCUCAGCCCCGCCGUGCAGCACCCAUAACCCCUCCCCCUCCUGAGAAACAAAGAGCCAGCCGACGCCCAGAAUUUUCCAUUCCUCCUCCUCCUGGCCCUACCCCUCCUGCCGGGACUGGCGUGUCCCCCUCGGUCAGCUCCGCCUCCCUGGACUCUGUCUCCUCCCACUCGGUGGUGUCCUCUGAUGUCAGCCUGACAAGCGUUGCCAGCACCCCGCCCCCAGUGCCAAGCCGUGUGAAGCCCCCACCCCAUCCUCCAGACGACCUGCUCCCCUCUACCCCCUCUCCCCAACCAGUUCCCUCAAAGAAGGGCCAUGCCCCCAACCCACCACUACAGCCCACUCCACCACCACAGCCCACUCCACCACCACAGCCCAGCACCGAGGACCAAACAGAAACCGACUGGCCUCUUGCCCCGCCCUCUGUCGCUGAAAGCACCCCCGGAAGCCCCUCUUACUCAGAGCCUGUUCCCGGGACAACAGGGGCGGAGCUUAUUGAGCUGGUUCGGAGCAACACGGGCCUGAGUUACGAGCUGUCUCGGGUGGCGGUGGGUGUGGUCGUGGGUCACCUGCAGACCACCCUUCCUCAAGCCUCCUCUGCCUUAGAGAAGGUCCUCCUCUCAUUGGUAGAGAGCAAGGAUCAGAGAUCUGCGUUGCCACAGGGACAAGUGUGUCACGAUGAACAGCGCCUGGAGGUCAUCUUAGGCGACCUCGCCCGUCACGUUGACGACUCUCAGCAGCGCAGCUGGGCCCUUUAUGAAGACCACUCCCUCAUCGCAUGUUACCUGGAGGAGCUGCUGAAGAUACUGACGGAUGCAGAUCCAGUGGUGUGUAAGAGGAUGUGCAGGGUCAACCACUCUGAGCCAGUGCUGUCACUAGUGUCCUACUAUCAGAUGGAGCACCGAGUGUCUCUACGCCUGCUGUUGCUCAAGGUGUUUGGGGCGAUGUGUAGCCUGGACUCUGCCCUCAUCUCCACCCUCCUCAACUCCAUCCUGCCCAUGGAGCUGGCCAGAGACCUGCAGACUGACACACAGGAGCAUCAGAAGAUGUGCUACACAGCCUUGGUCCUGACUAUGAUCUUCUCUAUGGGGGAGCAGGUGCCAUAUCACCACUAUGAGCACUUAAACGCUAGCUUUGUUCAGUUCCUGCUAGAUGUGGUAGAGGAGGGUCUUCCCUCUGACCCCACGGAACAGCUCUCUGACCUCUGCGUCAACCUCAUCCUGGCCUUCAACCUGCACCUCACAGUGCCCAGCAGCAACGUGAUAAUGCAGACUUUGAUCAAGAAAAACGUGAAGCUCUUUUCUGAGAAAAUAGUGCUGCUACUAAACCGAGGAGAUGACCCUGUGUGUGUCUUUAAACAUGCUCCCCCUGCCCCACACUCAGUUCUUAAGUUCCUGCAGGAUGUCUUCGCCAGCAGAGACUCUGCUAACAUCUUCUACCGCGCGGACAUGAUGGUGAUGAUAGAUAUCGCUGUUCGAUGCAUCUCUGACCUCUCACCUGGGGAAAAGUUGAGAAUGGAGUACCUCGCGCUCAUGCACUCCGUCAUGCGCUCCACAGACUACCUGGAGCACCGGCACCGCCUCUCCGACCUGCAGGGCGCGCUGCAAAGGAUUCUAAGAGAGGACGACUCGGGAGCGGACGAGGGCGGGGCCACGGCCAAACAGAUGGAUAAGCUAAUAGUGCAGGAGAUCUACAAGGAAUUCCCUCAGAUCAGAGACACCUAGGAUGACUGAAUAUGACAGCGGUGCUGUGCACUCAUGAGCCAGUAGUCUGUCUCCUUUAUUCCCGAAAGAUGGUACUGUGGCGCUUCCUAGGGUUGACGAAGGACUGUAGUCAGCUACUUAGUUUCUGAGUGUUACAACCCUCCGUCACACUUUUUACAAUUUUGACAUAAGAGAUGGCAUGAGCAUCAGCUGUCACGGCGGUUUAUUGCGUCCGUCGUGUCAUGAUUAUGAUAAUGCUAUGUAGCUCUUAUGACGGAGGAUUCAAGUGAAGUGUUACCCAACAGCAUACUGCAUUGUGCUUUAAAUGUGCUCCCUUGUACUGAGGGACCAAACUGCGGUGUGAACGGAGGGUCUUGUAACCCUGGGACUGGUGUGAACGGAGGGUCUUGUAACCCUGGGACGGGUGUGAACGGAGGGUCUUGUAACCCUGGGACUGGUGUGAACGGAGGGUCUUGUAACCCUGGGACUGGUGUGCUGUAUAUGUCUUCUUACUUUCAGUCUAUUCAUGUGUCUUGAUCACUAACUCUUAUUCCUCACCACCUGGCAUGGCCUCACAGUAUGUUACUAAGACAGUUCAAAGAAAAGACAAAUUAAGUGAUUAUACUGAUAACAAAACAUUCUGGUCCAGUUUGCUAGACACAGACUAAGCCAAGUUCUGCACUGAAAAGCGUGCUCAAUGGAGAAUCUACAUGAACUAGGCUUAAUCUGUGUCCUGGAAACCAGAUCUCUGACAAUAAUACAUUCUAGGCUUUGAGGUUAGUUUAGUACUCACUAUUUAUUGCAAUGGCAAUGCUGCUACAUGAGCCUCAUUUACCUUUCUUCCCUACACUUUAUCUACAGUAACCUCCACUCUCGGUAUGGCUAAAAUAUGACAUGCUCUAAAUGUGUCUCAACCAGACCACUCCUACUCUGCUCUGCUGCUUGUGCUGUAGAUGGAACGUAAUGGUACUGUAAUGACAAGCUGUAACACGCUGCUUCUACAUACUAAGCCUUGACUAACUUCCUAUAUAGCUAUGGCUCUCUGAAAUGGAAUGUAGUUAUUUAUUCAUAGGAAAUAAUAAGGAAUUGAUAAGAUUCGAUUGGUCAGUUUUUUUUAAAGUUUUUUUUAUUUUGAUGUAGUCUGGGGUUAACUAAGGGACUUGUCACCAAUAUUGAUUGAUUGCUUUGCCCUGAUCAUUUUGGUCUGAAAUCUAUCAGUUACCACAGUACGGUGUCUCUCCGUCAGAGCUCUUUCUCUCUUUGUGUCAUAGUUUAUUUUUACUUGGCUCUGUUAGAGCUAAUAGGGGAAGUGUUUAUGUGGCAAAAUAGUCGUGGCCAUCAUGAUGCACGUAUACCUUUUAACACACACUUAAAAGGAAGUGUUUACACAUAUAAACAUAUAUACCAGAGUGUGUUUUCUCUGACGAAUGUGUUUUUAUUAUCCUGUGUUAAUGCAUAAAGCUAUGCAUGUGUGUGUCUAUGUACGGUUUGUGUAUAUUUUCGUAACUAUGUAUGGUUUUAUCAUCGUCCCUGUAGGUUUGAGCCUCCAUUGUCCCUUAAGGUACGACUGUGUUAUAGCAAUAAAACCAACUGAACUAUAUUUUCCCAGUUAAAUAUAUCUGAAAUGGUUGUUCAGAGAGGGGUGACGCAAGAAAGUGUAUUUUCUUAAUGUUUACAACUAAUAAACAUCUCAAUGAA